AUGUCUAUCGGAACAGCAGUUGCUCCUUCUACUGCGGAGAGUGAUGACGUUGUCGUCGCCUCCCCCACGACUCGUACUAAGAAGAAGAUUGUGCCGUAUUAUAAGCUCUUCCGUUUUGCGACUAGAGCUCAAUUGAUAGCCAUUGUUGUCGCGGUGUUGGCCGCGGCCCUGCACGGAAUUUCCCUGCCAAUGUUCGCCUACGUUUUUGGAGAUCUUGUUGACGUCCUUGGCAACCCUGAAGGCGUUGAUUUUAUGGACGAGAUUUCCAAGCGUUGUGUGUACUUGGUUUAUAUUGGGCUUGCAGCGCUGGUUCUUGCUGGGCUCUGGCAUGGACUGCUGACUUUCACUGCACAGAGCCAAGCUACUACUAUCAGGAGAGCCUAUUUUGAAGCUGUGCUCUCUCAUGAUGUGGCUUGGUUCGACACAAUUUCGCCGGCUGAACUGCCGACUAGGAUGACUGAAGACGUCUCCAAGGUUCAGAAUGCUAUUGGAUUUAAACUUGGCGUUUUCACCAUGAAUUUAUCUAUGUUCAUUUUUGGUUACGUUUUAGGAUUUAUAAGAGGCUGGAAGGUCUGCCUCGUAGCCUUGGCGGCCAUGCCCGUAGUGAUUGCCGCAUCGGCUAUACUUGGGCACGCUAUGGCACAAUCUGCUAAUGAAUCUCAAUCGUGGUAUGCUAGGGCGGGCGCUAUUGCGGAGGAGGUGCUCAGCUCGAUUCGUACUGUUACUAUGAUGGGUACGCAGAGGCAUGAAGUGCAGCGCUACACUAAUUCACUGGAAGAGGCUAGGAAAGGUGGCACCAGACUGGGUUUCCAAGCAGGGCUUGGCCUUGGCUUGACUUUCGGCGCGGUUUACUUCUCAUAUGCUUUAACCUUUUGGUACGGAGGAACACUAGUUCGUGAUGGCGUUGAGAACGACUUCACAGAUGAGCCCUUCAACGGGGGCGACAUUCUCACUAUUUUCUUCUCCCUAAUAAUGGGUAGAACUUUCGGUCUGGGACAAGCCCUGGCUCCUAUGCAAGCUUUCAAUAUAGGGAGGUCAUCAGCUACAGACAUUCUGGAGUUGAUAGAUGACAAGGGCGGCAGUAUAGAACCGCCAAUUCCGGCCAGGGGUCCUGAUGGGAAUAUGGUCGUAUUUUAUGCCGUGCCGAAGAUGGAGAAAAUGACUCUGGACGGCGUGAGCUUUACGUAUCCGUCGCGGCCUGAGGUGCCCGUGCUGAAGAGUGUUACGUUGGACAUAGAAAUCGGCAAAAAAGUGGCGUUUGUUGGCGAGAGCGGCUCGGGGAAAAGUACUAUAGUCGCUCUACUGGAACGCUUUUAUGACCCCACCAGCGGCAGAGUUCUACUCAAUGGCAAAGACAUCCGUACGUUAGAAGGCAGCCCUCAGUGUGUGAGGUCAAUCUUUGGGUAUGUUGGCCAAGAGCCUAUAUUGUUUGCCGCUUCCAUAAAGGACAACUUGGCAUAUGGGUUGCCUUACGUUCCGACUGAUGAGGAAAUUAAGGCGGCAUGCAAGAGAGCUAAUGUGCAUGCCUUCAUAUCGUCUCUACCAGAUGGGUACAAUACGUAUUGUGGGAGCUCUAGUGGUGGGGGUAGUCAAAUAUCCGGAGGCCAGAAGCAACGUGUAGCGAUUGCUCGGGCACUACUUAGAAAUCCUCAGAUACUGUUAUUGGAUGAGGCCACAUCUGCAUUGGAUAAUGAGAGUGAAAAGAUGGUGCAGGAGACCAUCGAUAGUUUGCAGCGCACUUCCCAGCUGACCACCAUAUCAAUAGCGCAUCGUUUAUCGACUAUACGCAAUUCUGAUGUCAUCUUUGUGAUGAAGUCUGGUUGUCUGGUGGAGCAAGGGACUCAUGAGGAGCUCAUAAGUAAGCCCCAGGGUGUCUACAACACACUUGUGGCGGCUCAACAGGCUGCUGCAGCGGAUGCUAAGCAGAAAGAUGGUGGCCAAGCUGGGGAGAAGUCCAACGUAGUCGAUACACGUACAGAGAAGGAGAUCGAGCGUGAGCGUAUCGAUGCAAUUGCUAAGGCCUAUAAGGUAAUCUCCUUAUCUAGUGUAAUCAUCCUCAAGCUCACUAGUGGAAGCUGUCAGGUGCCUUGGAGACGUAUUUUCGCCUUGUCGAAGCCCGAGAGUGGGUUCUAUAUCCCAGCUCUACUGGGAGCGGCUGUUUUCGGAUCGGUCAUGCCAUUCGAGGGCUUCCUACUUUCCCGCUCUAUGCGGGCCUUUUAUAAGACUGAUCCUGACGAGAUGAUGGACGGAGUCAUACUGGCGUCAAUUGGAUAUGUUAUUUUGGCGGUAGCAACUUUGUUUGGGGCCUUCACCCAAGUAGGCGGCUUUGCCUUCAUUGGAGAGCACCUCACGAAACGAGUCCGAAUGCUGUGUUUUGGGAAGUUCUUGGAGCAGGAUAUGGCGUUCUUUGACGACCCUAAGCACUCGCCGGGUCGCCUCACUGCGGCUCUUGCCACAUACGCCCUCAAGAUGAACGCUAUCAGUGGUGUUCAGCUGGGUGCUUAUUGCCAAUUCUCAGCGUCCCUUAUAGCCGGUCUUAUUAUCGCUUUCUUCGGCUCGUGGAAGCUCACGCUGGUGAUGCUAGCGAUUCUACCUCUGAUGGCCGGAGCUGGUGGCAUACAGAUGGCAGUGAGCAUUGGAAUCGAUAAGAAUAAGAGUGCUGACUCCCUGGCUGCGAACCAGGUGGCCUCGGACACAGUUCAGAACAUAAGGACAAUUCGCGCUCUCGUGUCGGAGCAGUGGACCCGCAACUUAUUCCAAGACCUCCUCCAUCGCGCUGUACCGUAUCAAGCACGUCAGUCCAGUUGGGCUGCGCUUUGGUACGGCAUUUCACAGGGGAUUCUAUUCUUCAGCGUGGCCCUGGGGUUCUGGUACGGUUCCAAACUGGUGCAAGAUGAGGGGCUUACAUUUGACAAGAUGAUUCAGUCCUUGAUGGGAGUGUUCUUAGCAGCUAUGGCGGCGGGCCAGGCUCUAGCUUUCGUUGGGGACAUCAACGAAGCCAAGGCAGCGGCACACGACAUAUUUGAACUACUUGAUAGCGAGAGUUCGAUCAACCCUUCAAGCGACAGGGGGAGGAAGAACAGUGUGUGGGGACCACAAGGUACUGCGGUUCCGGCAGCGGUCAACAUUACUUUCAAGGAUGUGCAAUUCGCGUAUCCUCACAGACCAGGCGCUCAGAUUCUAUCUGGUUUGAGCUUCGAGAUUGAGGCUGGUAAAACUGUGGCUUUGGUGGGCCCAAGCGGCGGAGGGAAAUCGACUGUGUUCGCCCUUCUGCAGCGAUUUUAUGACCCCACUGGUGGCGAGGUAGGUCCUAGCAGACUAGCAGGAUAUAGAUCAUGUACUCAUUUGCAGAUACUAGUUGAGCCUGCUCAGGCUCGUCUAGAAGAUAUGAAUGUUGGCUGGUGGCGAAGUCAGAUUGGGUUUGUAGCACAAGAGCCUGUUCUCUUCGACUUGAGCUUGGAAGAGAACGUUCGAUACGGGUCACCACCUGUUGGGCGCCCGGAGAUGCUCUCUAUUUGUGGUCGGGCUGGUAUGAAUGACUUUGCUGGUAACAAGGUGGCUUGGGAUGCCGGUUUGGGCCCUCGAGGUGGUCUACUAUCGGGAGGCCAGAAGCAGAGGGUGGCCAUUGCUAGGGCAUUGAUGCGGCAUCCGAGGUUACUCAUGCUCGACGAGGCGACCUCUGCAUUGGAUUCGGCAUCAGAAGCAGUAGUGCAGAAGGCUAUUGAUGAGCUGACUACGACGAGACAAUCCUCCACUGAUGGUACGGUGGUAAAGCCAACAACACUGAUCAUAGCCCAUCGUUUAUCGACUAUCACCAAUGCUGAUCUGAUACUGGUGAUAGCCGGUGGACGAUUGGUCGAACAAGGCACCCACACCGAGCUGUUGACUAAAGAGGGCGUCUACUACGAUCUAUACCAGAAGGGCAGUUUGUAA